AUUCUUUUGCCUAUCAUGUCCCUUACUUAGCAAAAAUAUGGAACUCCCAAUCCUUGUUAUUAUCUUUAUCUCAUUUUUCUGGUUCCUCAUCAAGCCAUAUAUCAAUUCUAAAUCCAAAAAACUACCACCAGGACCUACUGGCCUCCCAAUAAUCGGCUCACUCUUAAAACUAGGUACAAAACCUAACCAAUCACUAGCCGAGCUAGCCAAAAAACAUGGCCCUCUCAUGACUCUACAGCUCGGCUCACUCACCACCAUAGUAGUCUCCUCAGCCGAAGUAGCCAACGAGAUUCUCCACAAACACGACGAAACUUUCUCAGCUCGUAUCGUCCCUGUAGCCGUAGCUGCUCAGCCGAACCCUGAAGCCACGUUGGCAUGGGUUAACGGCGAUCACAUGUGGAAAAAAAAGAGAAGGUUUCUCAGUACGCAAAUGUUUAAUAAUCAACGGCUUGAUUUGCUUCAAGAACUUCGUCACCAAAAGGCGGAACAACUAGUGAGCCAUAUAAGGAGCCAGUGUGAGAGUGGAUCGGCUGUUGAUAUUGGACGGGUCGCGUUCGCAACCACGUUGAAUUUAAUAUCGAACACGAUUUUUUCGAUCGAUAUGGUGGAUCCGGAAUUUAAGAAGGCUCAUGAGUUUAAGGAAUUGGUAUGGACGAUUAUGGAAGAUGCCGGGGUACCGAAUCUGUCGGAUUUUUUUCCGGUUUUAAAGUGGUUAGAUUUGCAAGGAGUACGGAGGCGUAUAAGGCCAGCGUAUUUAAGGUUGCAUGAAAUAUUUGAAGAAAAUAUUGAGAAGAGAGUAGAAGCUAGAGCUGCAGGGAUGAAGAAAAAAGGGGAUUUUUUGGAUAUACUUCUUGAUCAAUGUGAAGAUGAUGGGUCUGGAUUUGGUACAACCAUCAAGCCUCUUAUGGUGGAUUUAUUCAUUGCCGGAAGUGAUACAUCAGCCAUAACAACAGAAUGGGCAAUGGCAGAACUUCUUCGAAAACCUGAAGAACUCAACAAAGUACGACAAGAAAUAAUCGAACAAAUAGGGCUAGAAAGAGCAGUUAAAGAAUCAGACAUGGACAAACUCCCAUAUCUUCAAGCAGUCGUAAAAGAAACCAUGAGACUUCAUCCAGCGGUUUCAUUACUCUUACCACACAAAGCCCAAAAUGACAUACAAGUAUUAGGCUUCAACGUGCCUAAGGACAGUCAAGUUUUCGUGAAUGCAUGGGCAAUUGGAAGAGAUCCAAAGUCAUGGGAAAGGGCACUAGAGUUUCUGCCUCAAAGAUUCAUAGAAUCUAACGUGGAUUAUAAAGGUAGGGAUUUUGAGUUUAUUCCAUUUGGCGCGGGAAGGAGGAUUUGUCCUGGAAUUCCACUGGCUAUAAGAAUGGUGAAUUUGAUGUUGGCUUCUAUUAUUCAACCAUUUAAUUGGAAGUUACCUGAUGGAAUGGAUCCGGAGAAUUGA